UCAAAAGAAAUUUUGAAUAAAAAACUACGUCAUGUGUAAUAAAAUAUGACGAAGCAAGUGUGGGGAAGUGUCCACCAAUCACGAUGGUCGUAAUAGAAAGCCAGCGUCGAAGCUGUAGUUGAGUCGGCCUCAGGUAGUAGCUCAGGUAUUUCCAGUCGAGGAUGAGUGGGACUUAGGUUCACUGAAAUCUCAGUGUGUUGCGUAUAACGCGCGUCUGCUUCUUGUAAAUAUUAUAUAGGUAAGUAAAUAAGUGCGUGUUAUAUUUGUUUUACUUCAAUCUCUAAAUACUCGUGAAAGGAAUUUGUGAAAAUAGUUUUAAUCACGGUAUUAAUCAAAAAUUUUACCGAUGAGAAAUAAGUAAAAAAUAAUAAUUAAAGAAUAUAGUUAGUGUAUUUGGUGAUCAAGAGAUCGAUACGAGAUCUUCCACGAGUCAUCUUUACCCGGAAAAAAUUUCCCCUGAGGUAUCAUCAGGUGUUUAUCAAGGUCAAUUUAAAAAUGCCUUACUAUAACAGUGGUCACAGUUCUUCACCCUAUACAAAAGAUGGCAAUCCAAGUGGUCCCUCGAAUUCAUCAAGUGGUAGAACUGGAGGGAAUGAACCACCAACAUAUAUGAUGGAGCAUUUAGCUACUUUUACAGUCACAAAAGAAACAGGAAUUGUUUAUCCAGCUGAUGGAAUGCGACGUCUUCUUCAGCUAGAAAAAAGUAAUGGAAUAUGGAGUCAAAAGAUGCAAUUACGGCUUGAACGUAAUUGGGUUCUUAUCAUGGACAAUGAGACCGGAGCUGUAAUGGAGAGAUUUCCAGCAGCUCUUAUCCAGGAACCAACGGCCUUUACCUCACGAGAUCCAAUGGAAAUGUACAACAACAUUCUAGUAUUCACAGUAGCCGAUGACAGUGGUUCGGGUCAACGAGCAGAGAUGCACAUCUUCCAAUGUCAAAGCGUUUCUGCUCAGGACUUAGUUGAAGACUUAAAAAUGUUGCAAAUGGGAAAAUUAGCAACAGGAGGCUCACCUCGAGGACCUCGAGGUCAAAUUCCACCUCCCCCAGCUCUUCCACCCCCUGAACCACCAUUAAACGGCGUCAAUGUCCGUGAGCAAGUUUCAGCCUUUAAUGCUAGCAGUCCAACGGAUAGAGAAGAAAACAAUGAUGAAGUAUCUUCAACAUCAUCAGAAAAAUAUGAGAGAGAUGUCACGAUUUUAAACCACUGUUUCGAUGACAUAGAAAAAUUUAUAGCACGACUACAACAUGCUGCUGCAGCUUCGAGGGAGCUUGAACGAAGACGACGCAAUAGAAAGUCGAAAAAGAGGAAUUUAGGUGAUGGAAUGCUAACGAUGCGAGCGAAACCGCCACCAGAAAUGGAAUUUAUCGACAUUUUCCAAAAGUUUAAGCUUUCAUUUAACCUUUUAGCAAAGUUAAAAGCUCAUAUUCAUGAUCCUAAUGCUCCAGAGUUGGUUCAUUUCCUCUUUACACCCUUAGCAUUGAUCGUGGAUGCAUCUCAUGAUACCAAUUACGAUGCGAAUUUGCCGAGUAAAGUUGUUUCCCCUCUAUUAACUCGAGAAGCAGUCAAUUUAUUGAUAAACUGUGUAACAAGUAAGGAAACGGAGCUCUGGCAUUCUCUAGGAGAUACCUGGUUGAUUCCAAGGGACCAAUGGAAAGGUCAUGUGCCACCAUAUCAUCCGAUUUUCAUGGAUGGCUGGUCUCCAGAGUAUCCAAUUCCAGAAGAAAGGGAUCAUGAUCAUUUGGCUUCACUUUUGAACGCCGAUAAAGCCAAAAGGGAUGAGAUUCCCGAACAACAAGGUGAUAAUUAUUAUAGCCACAGAGACGUUGAAGAGUCUCAUUACAGCAGCGAUUACUUGGAGUAUGAGAGUAGAGAAGAACGUGGUAAUGAUUAUUUCGAUCGGAAUUAUGGGCCUGGAUCUGAAUUAUACGGAAGAGAAGAACGAGAAAGAGUCGAUCAGACACGAGCUCAUAGCGAUAUCUCUGUAGAUUCAAUUGAAAGAGGACCCAGAGGUGCUCCUGCUAUUGAUAGAGCCCAAGAUGCUUGGCUAGAUGAGCUAAUUGCUCGCCAUGCUAAAAUAGUUCAGGUUACUUAUCCUAGGACCGCUAAUAACGAUAAAGAAUUAACGGUAGUGAGAGGAGAAUAUUUAGAAGUUUUAGACGACAGUAGAAAAUGGUGGAAAGCAAGGAAUUCCAGAGGAGUAGUUGCUCAUGUUCCUCACACCAUUGUUACACCGCAUAAUCCCAAUCACAAUGCUGAUAAUGAUGUAUUUAAUAAUCCCUUAUAUUCUUCAAGAUAUCCAAGACAAAGUCAUGGAUAUAAUUAUGCGGAUUCUGAAAUUGAGGGAACUAGUACUAGUCCUGGACCAGAAACCACUCACCGACCUCACACAAUUCCACCUCCAGCUCCAGCUGAUUGGGUACGCAAAGAGCGUCUUGAUGAUUUGGAAAGUAUAUCGGAAUCAUGGAGUAAUUCAUCACAAGAUAGUGAGAGUUUAAGCCUGAAAAAUGAAAGAAUUCUAUCUACAUCAACUUUUAAAGAUUCUAAGGACAUUUCAAAAGUGACUAAAGAACUAGAAAAACUUGUAAUACCUUCUGUUCCACCUCCACCACCUUUACCUACCCCUACAACUUCUUCAAAUACAAACUCUACGUGUUCUAGUAAAACUAAUACACUUAAAAGCUACAAAUCUGAUAAUGGAGGACCUUCGGACCAAGAAAAAAUGCAACAGGAAUUGAAAUAUGUACUUACAAUGUUUCGCGAAAAAAAGAAACAUGUAGAAGUAGUUAAGACUCCCGACAUAUUUAUAGAUCAGCUAUCAACUCCACGAGAAGUCCAGGAGUGGUUGAUGGCUAAAGGUUUUUCGGAAAAGAUCCGAAGACAACUAAAAGAAAUGACCGGUUCAGAACUUUUUAAUUUGUCAAAGAGACAAUUGGAGCAAUACUUUGGUUUAACUGAAGGAAGACGGUUGGAUAGUCAAAUAACUAUAUCGAGAAAUACUUCAGGGUAUAUCACAGCAAGAACGUGUGAAUUGAAGCAGAUAUUAGAAAAAGCUAGAAAAAAAGUAGAUACUCCAGAUACUCAUGAUUAAAUAUUAUUUUGUCAAAUUAUAUAUAUAUGAAUAUAUUUAAAUAAAAUGAACAAAUUAUUUA